UGUGGUGAGGGACAAAGAAACCAAGACAAAGAGGAAAAACAGGUUCAACAUCAUCAACAAGGCUUAAUCUAGGAUUAGAGUGUCCUGUUUUACCCCUGAAAAUCACUAAUGGAAAGGAUUCAGCUGCUGCGUGUAUUUUUGCUGUACCUGCUGGCUGUCCACUGGUGCCUGGCUAUGCCACCACAGAGCCAAUGUAUUGAUGAAUCAAUCUGUACAUACAGCUUGCAUGAUUACAGCAGCCAGUUGGUCAAUAUGCCCAGCGACAUCAAUGAGCGGAGUAUUGCCCCCUGGAAUUAUGUUAAAAACAUUGAUGUGAACCGGGUACCUCAAGUGAUCCAUGAAGCCAGUUGCCACACAAGCCACUCCUGCAGAGGGCUGGACAAUGCUUUUGGUCUUGAGACCAUACCAAUAGCCCUGUGGAUGCCCGUCCUCAAGAGGAACCCCAGCUGUUUACCAACAGCAAGUUACUCCUUAGAGUUUGAACUAAUCACCAUAGCAUGUAUAUGUGCUAUCGCCAGGCAAAGCUAAGCAGGGCAUGUGGUAGCAUUGUCAUCUGAUGGCAUUGCUGAUUGUGAUGCAUGUGUCUGUUGAGAGGAUUCAUGUAAGGGUUGUAAUUUAAUUAUAGUGAAUUUAUAUUCAUUUAAAAGUUUCAAUAGACACUGAAAAUAUAAAUUAUUGUAUAUCCUGAGUUAUUUUCUCACAUUUAGACUAUCCUACCUGGUGUCAAAGAAAUAAAAGCCUCACUCAAAUGAA